ACGAGCCAAACAGACAGAGAAAAGAGAGAAGGAGGAAAGAGGCGAGAGAAGAAGGAGGCAGGCGGAGGAUGGAGAUGUUGCUGAAUUCGUCUUCUUCAAUAUAAUGAAUCAACAGUUCUGAAUUUAGUAACAGAUGUUUUGUGGAUCUUCACGUCAGCGGUCAGAUGACACUGAAGUGAUUGGCACCAUCCACGCUGAUAAACAUGAAAGUCUACGUAACGGCGCUCUCAUUUAUCACCAUAUCGAUCUGUUUUACUGAGACGUUUGAUGUUUAUGAGGAGGUUUGUGGAAGAAUUUGUGUUUGCGAAGAAAAAGAUGGAAUUUCGAUAACCAGCUGUGAAAGACGAGGAAUCGUGAGUCUCUCUGAAGUCGGAUUUCUGCGCUUCAACACACAUCAUCUGUUUCUCACAGGAAAUCUGCUAAAAAAACUUUCGUUUGAUGAUUUCUCACAUUAUGAUGGACUCAGGAUUUUACACCUGGGCAGUAAUGACAUAGCUGAAAUAGAGACCGGGGCUUUUAAUGGACUCAGCAUACUAAAGCGCUUACACUUAAACAACAACAGGAUCGAGGUGCUCAGAGAUGAUACUUUUACUGGCCUGGAAAGUCUAGAAUACCUUCAAGUGGACAAUAAUUACAUUCGCCGCAUUGAGUCGAACACCUUCAGUGGGUUACGUUGUCUGGACGUGCUGAUUUUGAACGAUAACUUGCUGGGUUCCUUGCCCCAAAAUGUUUUUCAAUCUGUUUCUUUGACCCACCUAGAUCUCAGAGGGAACCAGCUUAAGGUUCUUUCUUAUCAUGGACUUCUUGAACAUUUAUCCAAAAUUGUGGAAAUACAACUAGAAGAGAAUCCUUGGAACUGUACUUGUGAGCUUAUUGGCCUCAAAGGCUGGCUGGAAAGCAUAUCAUACACGGCGUUAGCAGGAGACGUAGUGUGUGAAACGCCUUUCCGGCUUCACGGAAGGGACCUCGACGUGAUCUCCAAGCAGGAGCUAUGCCCAAGAAGAGCCGUAGCUGAAUAUGAAAUAGGUGCCGAAGGAUUUCACAAACCUGAAGCGAUCGCUUCUUCAAAUAUUGUCCGUGCUACACAACCCACGAGGAGCAGCCGUCAGUCAGGGAAGCUGCGUACCAGACCGACACCGAGGGUUUCAUCCAGCAAUCCAAAGAACUAUGGGCCAGUGGCAGCAUACCAAACCAAAUCUCCAGUCUCUCUUGAGUGUCCCACCGUAUGCUCCUGUAAUCUCCAAAUUUCAGAUCUCGGCUUGAACGUGAACUGCCAAGAGAAGAAAAUUGAAUGUAUCUCGGAUCUGAAUCCCAAACCAUAUAAUCCAAAAAAGAUGUACCUCACAGGAAACUACAUCAACUCUUUACACAGUUCAGAUUUUGUGGACACUACGGGCUUGGAUCUGCUUCACUUGGGCAAUAAUCGGAUAUCCAUCAUUCAUAGCAAAACAUUUGCAGAGUUACAUAAUUUACGGAGACUUUAUUUAAACGGCAACUUAAUAGAGCGUCUUACGGACGAUAUGUUCUCGGGCUUAGAGCGUCUCCAGUUUCUCUACUUGGAGUACAACGUGAUCAGAGAAAUAGAACCUGCGACCUUUGUGCAAGUACCCAAUCUUCAACUUUUAUUCCUCAACAAUAACCUUCUCAAAACUUUGCCACUGGGAGUUUUCAUGGGUUCAAACUUGGCACGGUUGAAUCUGCGCAACAAUCACCUACGAUAUGUGCCAGUGGAUGGCGUUUUGGCAGAUUUGAUGUCUUUGGUGCAGAUAGAUCUGUUCGAGAACCCCUGGGAUUGCUCCUGCUUAAUUGUGGAAAUGAAAAAAUGGCUGGAGGAGCUCAGUUCUGGAACCGUGGUGAACGAUGUGAUUUGUGAAUCGCCAACAAAAUUCACUGGAGAGGAUUUACGCUCGGUUCAUCCCUCUGAACUUUGUCCUGUUGUGUCUAAAAGUCAAACUUCCCUGCUUCCACCAUCAGAAGAAUCCUUCCCAGGCAGCACUGUUACAUUAAAGACAACGCUGGAUUACAAUCCGCUAGAUCCCACGGUUCCUCUCUCCGUGCUCAUUCUCACUUUGCUCCUUAUUUUCAUUGCGACUGUAUUCAUUACCGCUGGCCUGUUCACGAUGUUCAAGAUAAAACGCCACAAAAAGAACAAGAGUAAAAACACAGACUCCAGGUCUUUCGACAUCAUUUAUGUUGACAGACCAAUAGCAAAGAUCAGAACUUCGGCAGGUCACAUUUAUGAAUAUGUCCCUACUCUUCCAGUGUCUAAGUGUCCAUCAGAUGUUGUUCUGGAAGAAAGGUACAGUGAUUUUGAGGAACAACAUGCUUUGUCAUACAACUCGGAUGAGGAACUGAGAAGCAUCGUAAACAGUUCAGAGUUUAGUGCAAGUAACAGACCUUCACCUCUACAAGACCAUAAUCUUUUUUAUCGAGACAUCCUGGGAAGAAGCCACCAAGGCACCUGUAGGUCCGGUUUACCGUGCAAACACAAUACAACACUGUAUUCGUCUGAUUAUAUCACACCUCAGUAUUUACAUUCAGAACGAAUACAACAAACAGUGAUGUACAUGAAGCCCAACAGUGCUGAAUACUGGGAGUUAAAAGCACAGCCGAAGUUUGAGCCUGAUUAUCUGGAAGUUCACGAGAAAAGGACAGCAUUCAGUCAGUUCUGA